AGUACCUUUCCCCCGACGCAAAAUCAGCUGAUCGCUUGACGCGUCUCCAUGGCAACCAAAUGUAAACACAUUCCUGCGCAAAGAACUCCCGGAAAACACCGCGGCCGUGAAGGAGAUUUUAAAACCUUCAGACAACAGAAAGGAGAUUCAAGGAAACAAGAUCCAGGGAAUAUAGCCAUAAGAAGUGUAAAACUUUACAAAAGAAGGAGAAGAAAAAGAAGAAGUAGUAGUAGUUUUUAAAACCUUCAGACAACAGAAAGGAGAUUCAAAGAAACAAGAUCCUGGGAAUAUAGGCAUAAGAUGCCUAAAACCCUAUAAAAGAAGAAGAAGAAAGUAGUUUCUGAAUAUAACUGUCACAUUUAAUACACCAAGCAGACUCAAACCAAAACAAUAAUGAGUGCUCGUCGAGGACCUGAAGAGGAAACAGAGGAGCUGGAUGGUGGCCCAGGACUUGCAUAUAUGCCUUUUGUGGUCAUGGACGAUCUGCUUGAUAAGCUCAAGCUUCUAAAUUAUGACAAAGAAUUUUUACAAGAACAUCGUAUGAAGCCAGUUAACAGACAUUAUUUUGCCAUUGCAACAAAUCCUGGUGAGCAGUUCUACCUUUUUACGUCACUCAGUGCCUGGUUGAUACGGAAGACUGGGAGAAGCAUGGAACCACCUCAGGAGUAUGAUGAUCCCAACUCUACAGUGUCAAGCAUUCUUGACCAUCUCAGACAAUUGGGUGUUACUGUUGAUUUCCCACCAAGCAAGUUAAAAGCUGGCUUUGGAGAGCAUGUUAUUUUUGUUCUCGACCGGCUUGCUGAUUUUGCACUGAAAACAGCCAGUUUUGCAUGGAAGAAGCCAGAGUACCCUACAGAGGACACUGGCGGAGAUGAAGGAGACGUAGAAGACGAAGCAGAACUCACGCUAGACAAAGUGGAGGAAGAAAUGAUGGCAGAAUUUGAAGAGGAAGAAGAGGAAGAGGAAAACAUUAUGCACAUGGAUGAUUUGAAAGAUUUUACUAAACAGAAGGAUGGAGAUGCCUGGCCAGACGAGAUUCUGCAUUCUAAUACAACUUCAGAAGAAUGGAGAUUAGAAUUGGAAAGAGUCCUGCCCCAGCUGAAAGUUACGAUCAGAACAGACAACAGAGACUGGCGAUCGCACAUUGAACAAAUGCACGAACAUCGCUCCAAAAUCGACGAGACACUGAAUUUCACCCAAAAGCAGUUGGAUGGACUCCAUUCCGAAAUCACGCGGAGCCUCGAGAAGAUCCACUCUCGAGAAAAGUAUCUCAACGGUCAGCUGGAACCUCUUCUCUUGGAAUACAGGAAUCUGCAGAACGUGGCAGCGGAGAGCAGAGAGCAGUACCGGCAGGUGUCUGGGCGCCUAGUGGAGAAAUCCCACGAGCUGGCACAGAUCUCUGACGAACUGGAUCGAGUCAAACACGAGAUGGAAGAACGAGGCUCCAGUAUGACGGAUGGAACUCCCCUGGUCAACAUCCGGAAGGGGCUCACGCGCGUGAAGCAGGAGGUAACGGCCAUGGAAGUGCGCAUCGGCGUGGUGGAGCAGAAGCUACUGCAGGCCAAGCUGAAGGACAAGUCUAACAUGCAGAGGGACAUGCACGCCCCGGUCUACAAGAACAUGGACAUGGGUCUCUUCUAACAA